AUGCUUAGACUUUCGGUACUUAAUAAGAAAACAUCGACAUGCCGUUUUACCAUUUUACCAAUUCUCGAAGAAAUUUACUCGACAAUGGACACGCAAAGUACCGAUUUUGACCUAAUGACGGAUCAAGUGGAAGGAGUUGGACACGAGGAAAUAGUUCCACCACGAUACGAUCCAGAUGAGACACCAGCGAUUAAUUCGACAAAUCCAGAUUUCAUUCCACCACCGAUCACGCCUUCUCAUCAAACGGAUAUCACAAAUCCGGUUGUUGAUACACUUAAUAAAGGCAAAACGGAAUUAAAAAGAGGUCAACAACAAGCAGAAGACAUUAUUACAAAGACAAAGAAGAUUAUAAAACAACAUUGGGAUCAAACUCGACAUUCACUUAUUCAAAUACAAAAAAAGGUCAGAGAAACGAUGCCCACCCAAGGUAGUGACCUCAUUUAUUGGCGUAAACCAAUUCAAUCCGGCAUUGUCUUUGGUGUUUCGUUAUCCGUUAUCAUAACAUUUAUGUUCUUAUCAUCAUUGGCUGCGAUUUCAUUCUGGUCAUUGGCAUUUCUUCUCAUCGUUGGUCUUUACAAAAUGUACAACUAUGUUAUGGCAACAUUUGUCGGCCGAAUUCAAGAUGAUAAAUUCGAAGCAAUUUUUUCACCUGACGUAAGCAUUUCUGAACGACGAGCUCAAGAAAUUGCUCAUUCGAUUCGUAUCAAUGGUACUCAUCUCUUACAACAUGCACGCGAUCUUUUCUUAUGGAAAAAUUUGACAAAUUCAGUUCUUUUUGGUCUUGUGCUCUUCGUCUUUUUCUACAUUGGCCUCUCGAUGAACGCGUUAACAUUUGUUCUGAUUGGUUUAAUAUUCGGAUUCACUGUACCGAAAAUUUAUCAAGUAUAUCAGGUUCCAAUCGAUCGUAUUGCUAAACAAGUUCUCGAUCAAAUCAAUCAGCUUUUGGCCAAAGUUACAUCGAAACUACCAAACAAAGCCAAAAAGGCUUAA